AUGUCUAAAUCUUUUGAUGACUUUAUAAAACAACAACAACAAGCUCAGAAUAAACCAAAAGGUUUUGGUUAUAGAGGUAAUGCUGCUUAUAAUCAACAAUACAACAAUCAACUAUUUCAAAAUUCUAGUCCUUAUCAAUACAAUGCUAAACAAGCUCCUACAUUUAUUCCUCAAGCACAACAACAAGAUUAUUACAAAAAAAGUAAUCAAAAUUCAUCCGUAACAUCACCUAUUGAUUCUUUGCCAAAUAGUGGAAGAAGUACACCAUUACAACCUAAUGCUUCAUCCACUUCUUUGUCAUCUUUAAACUCAGUUUUAUCAAAACUUAAUUUGCCAGAUCUCCCAUUUGAAGAUAAUUUAAAUAAUAUAGAAAAAGCAACUAAAAUUGGAGAAGUAAGAAAUGAAGUAGAUCAAAUUAUUAAUACAAUCGAAGACAAAGAUUUGCCGAAUUUAAAUACAGAUUGGAAAUUAAACGAUAUUUUGAAAUCAUUGUUAAAACCCAAGAACUCUCCAUUAGUGAAAGAAGCUGCAUUGAUGAUUAUUCAACAGCUUGCAUCUAAAUUUGGAGGCAAAACUCCAUCUGAAAGUUAUUUCUUGCCAUAUUUUUACACAGCUUUUGAAAGUUUUAGUGAUAAAGACAAAAAUGUAGUCAAAGCAGCUAAAUCUACAAUCGAAUCAUUAUUUGGUAUUUAUCCUACUGAGGCUUUGGGUACAGUGGUUUUGGAAGAAUUUUUAAGUAUCUUUCAAAGUGGUGCAAAAUGGCAAUCAAAAAUCGCUACUUUAAAUUUUUUUGACAAAUUAAUAGAUGAGGUACCUGCAGAUAUUUUGGAGUUAAAGUUUAAAAAUGUAGUCCCAGUUUUAACUGAUUUAUCAACCGAUUUCAAGCCGGAAUUAGCUAAACAUGGUUUACAAACAUUAAAAAAAUUUGUUAAAAUUUUAGAUAAUUUGGAUUUGCAAAAUAAGUAUGAUUUGAUCGUUGAGACUUUAGCUGAUCCACAAAAAGUUACUAAUUGUAUCAAAAGUUUAUCUUCAGUUACAUUUGUGGCCGAAGUUACAGAACCUGCGUUAUCGUUGUUGGUUCCAAUUUUAGAUAAAUCAUUAAACAUGUCUUCUUCAUCAAACGAGCAAUUAAGACAAACAGUUAUGGUUACAGAGAAUUUAACUAGGUUGGUUAAUAACAAAAGAGAGAUUGAACAUUAUAUCCCAAUUUUAUUACCUGGAGUUGAUAAAGUUGUAAAUAAUGCUUCUUUGCCGGAAGUUAGGGAAUUGGCGGAUAAAGCUUUAAAAGUUUUGCUUGAUGCCGAAAAUGAACAAACAGAUGGUAAAUUUCACGGUAGAAUAAACUUAGAUCAAGCGAAAUCAUUCUUUUUCGAAGAUAUUGAAGAAAUACCAGAACUGGUAAAAAAUCCAAGUGAUUAUUUGUGUCAAAUAUUACAAGUCGACGCUAAUGUGAACGAUUGGAAAAGAUUAAAAGAUUAUUUGGUUAUGGUUACUAAUGAUAAUUCAUAUAGUGAUCAAGUUAUUUUGAAUUUGAAAAAGUUAUUUAACCCUGUAGCUAUAAAUGAUGAUGAUUUAGAAGAAGGAGCCGUAAUUAUUGUUGAUGCUGAAUUUUCAUUAGCCUAUGGGACAAGAAUGUUAUUAAAUAAAACAAAUUUGAAAUUAUUAAAAGGUCAUAGAUAUGGUUUAUGUGGUAGAAAUGGUGCAGGAAAAUCUACAUUGAUGAGAUCAAUUGCAAAUGGUCAAUUAGAAGGAUUUCCGUCGUCUGACGAAUUAAAAACAUGUUUUGUUGAACAUAAAUUACAAGGUACAGAGGCAGAAAUGGAUUUAGUUAGUUUUAUUGCAUCUGAUCCUGAAUUAAAAGAUGUUGGUAAAAAUCAAAUUAAAGAUGCAUUGAUGGAAGUUGGUUUUCCAGAGGAGACUUUACAAAGACAAGUUGGUUCUUUAUCUGGUGGUUGGAAGAUGAAGUUGGAAUUAGCAAGAGCUAUGUUAAUGAAGGCUGAUGUGUUAUUACUAGAUGAACCUACCAAUCAUUUAGAUGUGGCAAACGUUAAAUGGCUUCAAGAUUAUUUGAUUGAACAUACUGAAAUUACAUCACUCAUUGUUUCUCAUGAUUCCGGCUUUCUUGAUGCUGUUUGUACUGAUAUUAUUCAUUAUGAGAAUAAAAAGUUGGCUUAUUAUAAAGGAAAUUUAUCAGAAUUUGUGAAAGUUAAACCAGAAGGUAAAUCUUAUUAUACAUUAACUGAUUCAAAUGUCAAAAUGACUUUCCCACCGCCAGGUAUUUUGACUGGGGUUAAAUCAAAUACAAGAUCAGUUGCUAGAAUGACUGAUGUUACAUUCACAUAUCCAGGUGCAGCAAAACCUUCAUUGAGAAAUGUAUCUGCUUCUUUAUCUUUAUCCUCAAGAGUUGCAAUUUUAGGUCCCAAUGGUGCUGGUAAAUCAACCUUGAUUAAAUUAUUAACUGGUGAGACUGUUCCAGAUUCAGGUAAGGUUGAAAAACAUCCGAACUUAAGAAUUGGAUAUAUUGCUCAACAUGCACUACAACACGUUGAACAACACAAAGAAAAAACAGCCAAUCAAUAUUUACAAUGGAGAUAUAGAUUUGGUGACGACAGAGAAGUUUUAUUAAAGGAGUCGAGAAAAAUUUCAAAAGAAGAAACUGCCAUGAUGGAAAAAGAAAUUGAUAUUAAUGAUGGCAGAGGUAAAAGACAAAUUGAAGCUUUAGUUGGUAGACAAAAAUUGAAAAAAUCAUUUCAAUAUGAAGUUAAAUGGAAAUAUUGGUUGCCAAAAUACAAUUCUUGGGUACCGAGAGAAGUUUUAAUAGAAGAAGGAUUUGAAAAGUUGAUACAGAAAUUUGAUGAUCAUGAAGCUUCGAGAGAAGGUCUAGGAUAUAGAGAAUUAACACCAAGUGUUAUAAGAAAGCAUUUCGAAGGAGUUGGUUUAGACGGUGAUAUUGCUGAUCAUACACCAAUGGGUUCAUUAUCAGGUGGUCAAUUAGUCAAAGUUGUUAUAGCAGGUGCAAUGUGGAAUAAUCCUCAUUUAUUAGUUUUAGAUGAACCUACAAAUUAUUUGGAUCGUGACUCAUUGGGUGGAUUAGCUAUUGCUAUUAGAGAAUGGGCUGGUGGCGUAGUUAUGAUUUCGCAUAAUAAUGAAUUUGUUGGAGCAUUAUGUCCAGAACAAUGGCACGUAGAAAAUGGUCAAGUUAUACAAAAAGGUACAGUAGCUGUUGACUCAGCAAGAUUUGAAGAUAAUGGCGGUGAAGCAUCUAAAGAAGGUUCACCAGCUCCUUCCAUAAGUUUAAGAUCAAAUACUCCUAGACCAGAUGAUGAUGAUUCACCAGCAAAUAUUAAAGUAAGAACUAAGAAAAAGAAAAUGACAAGAAAUGAAAAGAAAGCACAAGCAGAAAGAAGAAGAUUAAGAUAUAUUGAGUGGUUAAAUUCACCAAAAGGUACUCCAAAGCCUGCUGAUACUGAUGAUGAAGAAGAAUAG